AUGGUAUCAGAGAACCCUAGCCACUGGGUUAUCUCUCCUUUUUCUUCCUAUUCUCGAUUCUGUUUCCCUCCCUUUCCUGCAUCAAUCAUGAUGAGCAGUGAUUCAUCCUCUUCUGCCUCUCUUCUUGACAAACCUUCUUCCUCCAUUAACAUCAAACAUGCAGUUCCCCUAGUUCUUGAUCUUGAAAGAAUGAAUUAUGACAUAUGGCGUGAGCUGUUUGAAACUCAUUGCAAGGGAUACGGUCUCUCCAAACAUCUUCUUCCCACCACCGACAAGUCUCCUGAACCCACUGAAGAAUGGGAACGUUUGGACUCCAUUGUCAAAUCUUGGAUCUACAUCACGUUGUCUCAGCCUCUUCUCCACAUGAUUCUGAAGAAAAACUCAUCUGCAUAUGGCGUUUGGAACCGCCUGGAACUACUUUUCCGAGAAAAUAAGCAUACUACCUCCAUCCAACUUGACAGUGAGAUCCGAAACAUCACUCAAGGAGACUCGUCUAUCAGUGAUUAUUGUUCUCGUAUCAAGACUCUUGCUGAUUUGCUUGAAAAUCUAGAAAAUCCGGUCCCUGAGAUCAAUCUUGUUUCCUAUGCUCUCAAUGGGUUGUCUACCAAAUAUAAUUACAUUGCUACUACCAUACGACAUCGUGAUCCUCUACCCUCCUUCAUGCAAAUGCGGUCCAUGUUAUUGAUUGAAGAACGCCAAAUACUUCAAGAUCAGUAG